AAUGGUCAUUUCGUUAACGUAUUCCCCAUCGUUGGGGAGUGUUUGUCAUGUGGCAGGGUGAUAAAGGAAAUCAGUUGUUUUGUAGUUCCCUGGCAUUCAAAUUCUCCCUCCAUAGGCUCCUGGAGGCUGGGUCUGGUUCUGAUUGCCCCUCAGAGCUUUGGGGUGUCAGACAUGUGAGUGCCCAAUAAAUGGAGAGAGAACGUGGGCAUCACCCCAGGGGAGGCCUUGGGAGUAGGAGAGACAUGCCCAAGGAAGGCUUCAGGGAUAUAUUGGAAGGGACCCUGAGCCGACCCUCAGCUUAUGUGGAUUCUUAUCGAGGCUCUGUUAGCCAGGACUGUUUGGGGAGGGGGCUGCAUUAUCUCAGGCUCUGCCAGCUGAAGACGCUUUAUACCCAACUAUUACUGCCUGUCAGAACCACACACACUCUCACCAAAGGCCUGCAAAGUCUUUGUGUGCCACAUUUGUGGCUUGUUUAUUUGGCCAUCUUGGCCGUCACCUUGGGCUUGGAAGCGUUCUUUAGUAGAAACCGAGGUUCUGAUGGUGUCUAUAAACUACUACGUUACUUUUAGGUCAUCUGAAUGUGACAAGGUCUUCUUUGUUUUCUCAUUUGCUCCCUUUUCUACACUUUUUCCUGUCACUCCUAGACCUUAGGAUCCUACUAGGAAGCUAAUGACUUGGCUUUGCUUGGGUAGGAUUCCUGGUGUGCCGUUGCUGCUGUUUUCCCAUGGCAAGGAAAGUGUCACCUCACCGAUUUACCAGCCUAUCCUGCUUCCCCCCUUAUCUCUCCCGCUUUCAAGGAAUGCCUGGGUAGAUUCCUGUUCAGUUGACAUUUGCUGAGUACCACCAGCCACAUCCUGGUUUCUGUGUUGGGGGCUUUCUUUCCAUUUUUUUUCAAAAACAUUAAUUUAUGUAAAAUUUAUAUACAGUGAAAUUGAUUUUGGUGUUCAGGUCUUUGGGUUUUGAUAAAUGCAUAGAGUCACGUAUUACCACCACAGUCAAGAUAGUACAUGUGUGUCACCCCCAAAAUUUCCUCUGUUGCUCCUUUGAGGUCCCCGACCCUAUCCCUUGGAACUGCUGUCAGGGCCUCCAGCCCUUUAGUUUUGCCUUUUCUACAGUGUCAUAAAGGAAAUUACACAGGAGGCACCUUUUGAAUGACCUCUUCCAUUUAGCAUAAUGCAUUUGAAAUUCUUUCUUGUGUGAUGUUUAUUGCUGUGUAAUAUUCCAUCGUAUGGAUGUACCACCAUAGCUUAUCUGUUUUUCCCUGUGUUACAACAGCAGCUGUGAGAUAUCAUGGCCCCGUUAGCCAGUGAGGAACUGGGGUUGGAGAUGCUAAGUAGCAGAGCUGAAUUUUGAUCUAACCCCCAAUCUAGGGUUCUUUCCCACCAAAUCCAGGAGCUGCUUUGAUCAAAAGACCCAAUUAGCAUUUCUUUACUGCCCAUCCAAGAGGUUUUCAGGGUUCUAGAGUUCCUGGAGAAUGCCCUUUUGGAAUCUGGGGCCUGUGGAUGUAAGAAGGAAAAUGGACACCGCAGUUAAUGACUCAGCACGCAUGCUCCUCUUUUUCUGCCUGGUGUCAGGCUCACCAGCGUCAGCGUGAUGGAGCUGCCCAGACCAUACACUGUUUAACUGAAGAACAUCGACUAAGUCAGUCCCAGGGUUGACUGCGUUGCGUAGCAAUCUGAUAGUGAUGUCUGAGCUCAGCGAUGAGGCCAGCGAGCCGGAACUCCUGAACCGCAGCUUGUCCAUGUGGCACGGGCUGGGGGCGCAGGUCAGCAAGGAGGAGCUGGACGUGCCCUUGGAUCUUCACACAGCCGCGUCCAUCGGCCAGUACGAAGUGGUGAAGGAAUGUGUGCAGCGGAGAGAGUUAGAUUUGAAUAAGAAGAAUGGUGGUGGCUGGACCCCGCUGAUGUAUGCCUCCUACAUUGGACACGAUACCAUCGUGCACCUGCUGCUCGAGGCAGGGGUGAGUGUGAAUGUGCCGACCCCGGAAGGGCAGACUCCACUGAUGCUGGCCUCCAGCUGUGGCAACGAGAGCAUCGCCUACUUUCUCCUCCAGCAAGGUGCUGAGCUGGAGAUGAAGGACAUUCAAGGCUGGACUGCCCUCUUCCACUGCACCAGUGCCGGGCACCAGCAGGUGGUCAAGUUCCUUUUGGACAAUGGAGCAAACGCCAAUGUGAGGGAGCCGAUAUAUGGGUUUACUCCUCUGAUGGAAGCAGCUGCUGCUGGUCAUGAAAUAAUUGUGCAGUAUUUUCUGAAUCACGGAGUCAAAGUGGACACCAGAGACCACAGUGGAGCCACAGCCCGGAUGCUGGCCAAGCAGUAUGGACACAUGAAGAUCGUGGCCUUGAUGGACACUUACUCACCCUCUCUGCCCAAGAGCCUCUAUUGGAGCCCAGAAAAAUAUGAAGAUCUAAGCUCUUCAGAUGAAUCCUACCCUGUUCCUCAGAGGCAGAGGCCUUGUAGGAAGAAGGGCCUCAGCAUCCACGAGGGGCCGCGCGCCUUGGCCAGGAUCACGGCCAUCGGACUUGGAGGCAAGACUCCACGGCCCAGCUGUGAGCAGGUGCCUCCACGAGGCUAUGUCACCUUCAACAGCAGUGAUGAGAACCCCCUGGAAGGGGAGGGUCUCUGCUACCGGGACGUCACCUCCCCCAUCAAUGACCGGGACGUGGAGAGCAGCAGCAGCAGCAGCCGGGAAGAGCAAGAGCGCGCUUUCUGUGCCAGCCUCGGGGCCGUCCGGAGCAGCAGCAGCGAGGGCCUGGCCAGAGCCCAGGGGCUCAGCAGCGAGGCCUCCGUGGAGAGCAACGAGGACUCAGAUCACGCACGUAAAAGCUCAGUUCGCAAACACACUAAAAGUUAUGUGAAGACUAAGAAUCGUUGUGGCCAGUGGCUUCCCAGCGCUGGGACUUCUGGGGCAGUUUGCACCCCAGGAUCUGUCCCCCAAACCGAGAGGUCCCCCUAUUCAGGACCCCAGGACCUUGCUGCGCUGCUGGAGCAGAUCGGGUGUCUCAAGUACCUGCAGGUGUUUCAGGAGCAAGACGUGGACCUCCGCAUCUUUCUGACCCUCACUGAGAGCGACCUGAAGGAGAUCGGCAUCACGUUAUUUGGGCCCAAACGGAAGAUGACCUCUGCCAUCGCCCGCUGGCACAGCAGCGCCCGCCCGCCCAGUGACGCCCUGGAGCUGGCCUACGCCGACCGGCUGGAGGCCGAGAUGCAGGAGCUCGCCAUCCAGCUGCACAAGCGCUGUGAGGAGGUGGAGGCCAUGCGGGGCCAGGUGUGCCAGGAGCAGGAGCUGCGGGCCGUGGUGGAGAGCUGCCUGCUGGAGCAGGACGGGGCCCGAAAGGACAUCCAGGCCCAGCUGCAGGAGACCUGGGCCCUGGCCCGAGAUGCCACCCUCAUCCUGGACCAGCUGCAAGCCUGUCAGUCUGAGCUGUCAGCCCGAGUGAGGCAGGACCAGUCUCCUGGUGCAGCCGCCCUGGGCCCAGCCUUCCCGCCCUCGGACUCCAAAGGCUGGCAAGCGUCCCUGCAGGCCAUGAGCCUGCCCGAGCUGUCAGGAGCCCUGGAGGACCGUGUGCAUGAGAUGGGGCGAGCACUGUGCUCAGUGACCCAGAGCCUGGAGAAGCUGCAGGUGCUGAGCAGCAAGGAGAAGUGGCGGGAGCCCUAGCCCGGAGGGACGAAUCUGACGUUGGGUGACUGAUCCACCCUGAAGCUGUGUGUCAGGAGUCAGGAGGGCCACGUGUAGGCGGCUGUGGCAAGCAGCACGGCCCAGGGGGGCCAGAGGCUCAGGCCCCGGGAGCAGCCGGCAAACACAAGCAGGGAGGGACUGUGGCCCGUGCCAGGCAGCUCGGGCCAGCACUGAGGCAGGACAAGGGCCUGUCACCCCGAACCUGGUGGUAAGGCCUAGAGCUUGUGGCCUGGCCUGCCCUGGCCCAGGCCACGCAGGGCCUUGGGGAGAGAGAGUGUCCUCAUACAUGGGUGCCAGAGGCUUGACCAUAUGAGUACUGGAGCACCUGGAAAAUGUCACUUGUUGGAAAAUAAAAUUUAUGAUCAACUGGU